CCCUGCGUUCCUUCCUUUCACCUUCAUUUCCCUUGUUACGCAAAAUGGCUCCCUCGACGGAGAUUGCCUCGAUGGACAACAUCUUGCACCACAUUACAACCUCGAAUAAUGUCAUGGCCCUCAAUGUGACGAUAAAGAAUAGCCUCCCGAAGGAUGCCCGGGAUCUGAUACUAUCGGGAACAUUGAGCUCGGGUCAGGACCCAUUGGACGUGUUAGAUGCGAAAGAAAACAGCCUUGGAAUUCUGUAUAUUCUAUCUGCACGACUACAGACAAUGUCCACACCGCCGACAUGGAAUCUCAUUGACCAUUUCUGUGAAGUCUUCAAUCCAGAGCAGAUACGACAUGCACCUGAAAGAGUCGCGAUGCUGUUUGCCGGUAUUCUGAGACUGGCGAGCCACUAUCAGAAUAUGCGACUGUCAUUGCGUUCUCUUCGCUCUCUCGCAAUGCGCUACCCACCAUUACCAUCCCAUUUGACGACCAUACAUGCCCGCUUCUUGCUCGUCUGUGCGCAGACUCAGUCUUUCACCCAUGCUCUUCCGCUUCUCCUUAAUCAUCACAUCACCGACAUCGCCACCAGUCUGACACCCGAUAUUAGCUACCUUGACAAUCUCAUAUAUCACUAUCUUGGUGGUAUCUGCCUCGCUGCACUUGGUCGCUGGGCGGAAUCAGAGGAUUACUUUGAAGUGUGCAUUACCGCUCCCGGGGUAGUCAGCGCCCUGCAGGUUGAGGCGUUGAAGAAGAUGAAACUUGUCCAGCUGAUCCGUCAAGGGAGCACAUCACCGCUGCCGAAGUAUACGAACAAUGCGAUCCUGAGAGCGUUUAAGAACAGUCCCUACCACGCGUUCGUAGAGGCAUAUCCAAGCAAUGUGGAAAAAAUGCGGUCAAUAAUAGAAAAAGACCGGACGCUCUUCCAGACGGAGAAGAAUGCAGGCCUCUUGAGCCGUGCAUGGGCCAGGGCACCGAGAUGGUCGUUGAAGAAACUCACACGGACGUAUGUCACGCUGAGUUUGGGAGAAAUUGGGAGACAGGUGGGAAUAAAGAACGAGGAAGAAGUUCGGGAUUUGGUGCUCAGUAUGAUCGAGGAAGGCGAUGUAUAUGCUACGCUGUCGGAUAAGACAGUGACAUUCUCAGACCCGCCGCAAUCCUUCACCAAGGAACAAGUUGACAGGGUUCUUUUACGGGCCCAGCAGGAGUGUCGGGAACUCGGUAUCCUAGACCUAGAUACCGGCAAAAGCAAAGAUUUCUUGCUAAAGGCAAUCAAAUCGCAAGACUCUUCUUGGUCUUCUUCGAUGGCUAUGGGUGGCGAAGAGGAAGUAUUCGGGAUGACAGUUGGCCAUGGUGGUUCUUCUUGGGCCGAGGAGAUAGGGUUUUCCUGAGCUUGUGUAGAUUUGUUUUCGCUUUCCCGUUUGCAUUUGCAUCCUCUCGCACCCGCAUUAUCUCGCUUCAUGCUCUGUGUUCUAUCGUCGUCAAACAAGUCAAACAAUUCAAUCUUCACCGGCGUUUCAAGUCUUGGAAAUUGCGUCCAUCUGACUUCAUCGUUGAUGCAUCGAUGUCUACUGAUCGGUGAAACGUGUUGUUUUCCAUAUGUUGGCUACAAUCCGUCGCUGGACCUCCGGCUCAUAAUUGUCCAUAAUUUUCUAAUCUAGGAUCCGGAUGCGGAAGACUGAAAAGAAACAUCGAUCCCACCCGCCAGAUGCUGACAGAGAGCUGACAAAGCCUUUGCAGAGGGCGGGAGAGUGUCGGUGAAUCACGUGACUUAUAACACAUGUGAUGCAUUUUAGUCCCGUGAGAAUCCGACAAAUUCCAG